AUGAAUAAUGCCAAAAAGGUCGGUGCUCGAGGCUUGCGGAAAACCCGCAGUCCGCCCUUGACGACGGCAUCUUCUGAGCAAUCGUCGUUGUCUCCUGAAGUUCGACAGCGCGACGUGGAAAACGAUGCGUGGAUCCCUCCCGCCGAGUCUACUUCUCAAAGUGCCCCAGACCAAAUUCGCCUCUCCACCGAGUCGUCCAGCUUGGCUGCCUCUUCCGCUUCCUAUGUUCCGCUGACUCCACCUUUCGAAUGUACAACCACAUCAGUCGGUGACUGGCUGGAGCGGAUAUAUGAAAGCUGUUUCGACAAUGUUCUCGGAUUCUGGAUUGGGAGGCAUGCAUGCGCAUUGGUCAUCAUCUACCCUCCAGGUAGAUGCUUUUCCGAACUUGACGAGUCUAUCUUUGGUGAUUGGGAAGCACGGAAUCGACUAAGUAGUGUGCAGUCACCCAGUCGCUCACAACAAAGAUGGGACCAAAUUGAUCAAUCGUUGAAACAUGCUAAACGAUCGUAUGCAGCACGAUGGUUCCACCUUAUUCCGCCGGCUGAACGAGCGGGUAUCCUGCCAGAACACAUUGUCAGAGAAUUCUGGCGCAGAUCACGCAGGGACAUGUUGAAGGUGGUCAAUCGUGUGUCUUAUCGGUCCGCUUUGACGCUGUUUCUCUUCUCCACGACACCCGUCCCGGUAGGGAUAUCAGAAGAAGAGGAGAUGGACGGUUUGUCGGGGCCGCUCUGUGUCCAAGCCGCAUUACAACAGAUCCAACGACUGCGUGAAGGCCAGCGCAACUGCCAAUUCAGUGGAUCCAUGGUGGUGCAAGAGGCAGAACUCCUGGCAAACCCGGUAACCAGCUCGAAACUGUCAGAUGCCUUUUUGCGGACUGAAGCCCGAGCGUACUGGGCGGCCUUGACGUUUGACACGUCUUCUGCGCUGACAAUGAAUCUGAGAUCAACCCUUACAUCAGGAUUGCAUGGCGCAGAAACCGAAUCUUGUUGGCGAACGCUGCGAAUGGGCGCUGGAUCCUUCCACACGAGGACAGGGGAAUGGCGACGAAAUCCUUUUUCGAUGACAUCAGACGAGGUCUUACAAGCUAUAGCCGCUGCCGCUGCGGCUAAGAUGUACGUGUGGAAGAUGAUUUCUAUAUUGAAAGAAGCACUCAGAGAAGGUGCCGAAGAUGAGAAGGUGCUUCGGGCUUGGACAUCAUGCACUGAAGCCAUCGAGAUGUUUCGAGUCACUUUCGGACCACUUCUCAAUGACUGCGAACGACGCCUCCCAUUCCUCGGUCAAGUGGAGAAGCUGAAUUGGUAUGAACUCAUGCUGCACCAUUACAUGGGAAUUCUAAUCCUUGUCGACGCGCUCGAAGUCGCAGAACGGAAUGACCUGCUCUCGCGACUGUCGGAAACAAAACUGGAAGCUGAACAUGGAGUCUUCAACGCUUUGAAAUUUGGUCUAGAAUCCCAAUUUACCGUUGGUGGAACCCAGAAAACGGGAACGAGCACGGGGAUGCAGAGUUCAAAUUCGGACCAAACGACAACUGCAUCGUUCAUCGCUUUCGACCCCUUUCCGCAUUAUGUCGUUGCUGCAGCCCAGCUCAUGGUGAAAGCCGUCAGCAAACAGUACCGGCAGGGGAAGAUCAAAUUGGAGGCCUACAAAUACUUGAAUGGCACUCUUCUUAAAUGCCUGGCGGAGCUACCCCAGACUUCCAAGUCUGUCCAGGCGGCUCGCAAAAAUCUCGAGAGCUCACUCGUGGGGCUAGAGGAUAUCUCCACCCAGUCUUCGACGCUCGGAAGCACAUAUUGGCCUGCUCAAAUAUCUCAAUCACGCCCUACACCUGACUGA